CAUAGCUUUAUUUUAUUAGGUUCUUUUACUACAUAUACUUAGAGGUAAUCAUAGUACUUUUUUUUUCAUAGAUUUUGGACUCUUUUGCUACCUACUUAUUAGAGCUCUAAAAACAACAAUAAAGAAGUAAUCAAAAUCCUUCUUAGUGAUUCAGACUGAUGGUGUCAUCUCUAUAGAAGGAUGUCAUUUUUUUUUAAGAAAAUUUUUAGGUAGAACAUAUUUUAGUCAUAGGUUUUUCUCUAACUCUGUUUUGAAAUAAAUUACAGUUGAGUCAGCCAAUAUUCUGUAAGAGGAAACACUUAAAAUUUUUGUCUGCUAACCCCCACCUUCCAGCUUUCUUCAGUUAGUCAUCUUCAGUUUAAGUUGAAGCAGCAGUAAAACAGGGAAACGUCUACUAUACAAUGCCUACCAUUCUUUGGUUGGUAUUUGAGAUAAGAUUUAUAUUGUCCAUAGUAUAACUAAAAGUAUGUCUUAAAUACCACAAGAGAGAAACAAGAAGUAGUCUUGUGAUGGGUGUUUUAAACUGUUGUUUAUCUGAAAAAAGUUGAUUAAGUCUUAAUUGAGCAUGUGAUAAAUGGUAGUCUCCCAUGUUGAGGUUAAAAUGAAAUAUGUGUGUGUGUUUUUUUAGAUCAUGAAUCAGGCAGAUAAAAAUCAACAAGAUAUCCCAUCAUACCUUAGUGACGAACCACCAGAAGGAUCAAUGAAAGAUCACCCACAGCAGCAACCAGGCAUGUUGUCCCGUGUGACUGGCGGUAUUUUCAGUGUUACAAAAGGAGCUGUUGGUGCCACCAUUGGUGGUGUGGCUUGGAUUGGUGGAAAGAGUCUGGAGGUGACCAAAACAGCUGUUACAACUGUGCCUUCCAUGGGAAUAGGGCUGGUGAAAGGGGGCGUGUCUGCUGUGGCUGGAGGUGUGACAGCUGUUGGGUCUGCUGUUGUAAACAAAGUGCCCUUAACAGGAAAGAAGAAAGACAAAUCUGACUAAAACAUGGAGAUACAUUUGCUCUCUACAGCAUUAUGAUGCCAGUGGCAUUGAAUUGCUAAAUUAUGGACUACAACUAAGUCAACUGUUUUGGAUGUUUAUCUUCUUAAACUGCUGUGUUGAAAGUAUUGAUGACUGGCUUUCGUCUAAAAAGAAGAGACCAAUACUAGCACAGUGUAUGAAGGUUUCUCAUACUUAAAUUCCAGCUUUUUAUCUGGUAAAAUGUUACGCUUAUCAGCUGUAACUGAAGAUAUAUUUGAGUAUUUACUAUAAGUCUUUUAGUUUAACUAAAAAUGUGAAAGUUGAAUUUAGUGGAUGAUCUUUACAAUUCCAUAUGUAUAAUGUGCCAGGUAACACAUCUGUCCCUUAAAAAGGGAACCUUGAACUACAUAAACUGUAAUUUUGAUGUGCCUACUA